AUGGCGCCGAUUGCUGUAGAACAGGCCGUUGAGGCUCCCGUCGCUGCUGCAAACAUGAAAGCCGCAACAGCAGCAGCGGUUCAGCCAAUCAGCAACGGAGCCACUGCGGCCAAGAAGCCUACAAUAGCAAGAUAUGAUGCCAACGACCCAGCCACGACGACCCAGCUUCUCGUGUCAAUCAUUGAACGCGACGGCGGCGUCAUCGUCGAGAACAUCAUUAGCCAGGAACUUGCCGGCCGCAUCAGGACAGAGCUGAAACCCUACUUUGACACAGACAAAGUCGACCCGUCAGGCUUCUUCCCACACACGACGCAGCGAGCGACGGGGCUCUUUGCCCGUUCAGACGCGUGUGUUGAGCUUGCACUGAACAAAACGUAUAUUGACGUGGCGAAUACCAUGCUCUCCUCGACCUACACAUACUGGAACGGCCAGGUACAAGAGACCGUGACGAGUAAGCCGAUUAUCUCCUCAACGGUGGGUUUCCGCGUGAACCCGGGGGGCAGACAGCAAGCUUUACAUCGCGAUGACGGUGACUAUCACACGCGGAAUUGCGACAUGCCCAUGAUGCUGGGUUGCGUGACGGCCAUCACAAAAACCACCAAAGAGAACGGCGCCACGAUCUGUAUCCCCGGCUCACAUCUCUGGGGCCCCGAUCGGUGCCCCUACGACCACGAAGCCGUCCCGGCCGAGCUGGAACCCGGGUCGGCGUUGAUUUUCGUCGGCAACCUCUACCACGCGGGCGGCGGGAACAUUACAACAGACCAAGCCCGUGAGACGGUCGGCAUAUUUCUGUGUAAGCCUUACUACCGGCCAGCAGAAAACCAAUUCAUCAUGGUGCCGCCGGAGAAAGCGAAGAGACUAUCGCCGCAGGCGCAGAGGCUUCUGGGAUACGGCAUUAGUCUGCCAGCUCUGGGUUUCGUGGAAUACCAAGAUCCAAUGAGGUAUUUAUUUGGCGUAGAGGACGAGGAAACGGUUGAUAUGUGA